ACAGAUUAACCAAAAUGCCUCCGCUGAACAGUUUCAAUGGCAACAACUGUGGGGACAUCAUUUGUUCCCUCGGUUCACAAACUCCCAGUACGCCAUCGGAUUUGUCACACUCUCAGGUUGGCGGAGGAGGAGGAGGAGGAGGAGGAACAGUGACCGGUCCGGGUGGCAGUAGUGCCAAGCCAAAGUUCACCUGUCCACAUUACGCCCAGAAGAUGCUGCUCAACCUGAACGCACUUCGGCUGGACUCGCGCUUCUGUGAUGUGGAGAUCAAAGUUGGCGGCGGAACGACGGUCCACGCCCACCGGGCCGUCCUGAGUGCGAGUUCGGCGUACUUCGAGGCCAUGUUUCGGCCGGAGCUAGGACUGAGCGAGGGCAAGCAACGGACGGUCACGCUGCACUCGAUACGGGCGGACAUCCUGGAGCUGCUGGUCGACUUCAUCUACACCGGACAGAUCGAAAUCGAACAGAGUAACGUACAGGAAUUGCUGGCCGCGGCCGAUAUGCUGCAGGUGCCGGAGGUGGUGGACGGAUGCUGCGAAUACCUCUGCCGAGAGUUACAUUCCACGAACGCGCUCGGUAUCUUGCGCUUUGCGGAGGCACACAACUGCCGCCAGCUCGCCGACGUAGCCGCAAACUUUGUCCACAGCAACUUCCCGAAGGUGGCGCUCGAAGACGAACUGCUCGACAUUCCGCACACGCUGCUCGUUAAGGUGAUAUCGUCCGAGGCGCUGCGUGUCGACAGCGAGUAUCAGGUGUUUAAUGCAGCCCUGCGCUGGAUCCAGCAUGACGUUGUCCCACGCCGGCAGUAUGUGUUCGAGAUACUGUCGCACGUUCGCAUCGCGCUGGUUCCGGUCGGAUUGAUCGAUCAGGCGAUCGCCGAUUGUCGCGAUGUGUCGCUCAAGAUAGCGCUACGCUCGGUGCGGAAAGAUCUGACCUCGCGCCGCGGCCAACUGGUGCCGCUGCGCGUUUGCCCGAGGGUUUGCGCAAAGAAAAGCAUCUAUGUGAUUGGUGGGUCGCGGCGGGAGCAGUCGGCCGGUUGGACACCGACCGAUUGGAUUUUCGAGUCGGUCAUCAAGUACGACAUCUUCCGCUGCGAGUGGAUCGAAUCGGCCCCGAUGGAGAUUGGACGCAUACUGCCCGGGGUGGCGGCCCUCGGUGGUAAGAUCUAUGUGAUCGGAGGCGAACGGGGCAGCCAGAUACUGGCCAAUGGGGAAGUGUUCGACACGCAGAACAACAAUUGGGAACCGAUGGCACCGAUGAAUGUGCCGCGGUGCGAGUUUGGACUGUGCACACUGGGCGGCACGCUGUACGCGAUGGGUGGAUGGAUCGGUGAGGACAUUGGCGGGUCGAUCGAGUGCUACGAUCCGAUGAAGAACGCGUGGCGCAUGGUGGGGGAUUUGCCGGAACCGAAAUUUAGCAUGGGCGUCGUGAGCUUCGAAGGACUUAUCUACAUCGUUGGCGGAUGCAACAACCACUCUAGAUAUUUAACCGAUCUUAUAAGCUAUAAUCCGGUAACGAACGAAUGGACCAACCUUGCACGCAUGCCAACGGCUCGCUGUUCGAUGGGCGUAGCCAUUCUUGAUCGGCAUCUGUACGUCGUCGGUGGAAAUAGCAGUCAGCAGGAGGUUCUCCGCACUGUUGAGCGGUAUAGUUUCGACGAAGACAAAUGGUCCAUGGUGUCGCCGAUGACGGUCCGUCGUUCCAGUCCCGCCGUCGCUGCCGCCGAUGGCCUACUGUAUGUUGCUGGUGGUGAUCAACCGUGCGAAAUCAACUUUUACCGAGCGCAGAUUACGAUCGCGUCAUUCGAGUGCUUCGAUCCGAUCACGGACCAAUGGAAAGUCUGUCCGGAUCUGCCGACGAGCAGGUCGGAGGCAGGUGCGGUCGUGGUUUAGAUGAGUCUGCCUUUUCGUUUUGCGCUAACAAAAAAUGCCAUCUUACCAAAGAAGAGACGGAGCAGGGUGCUACCGGAUUAUUUUCGUUUCCAUCGAAAGGAAAUUUCCGACGCAUGAUCCAACCCAAAGUUAAGAUGGAGCUUGCAUGCAGUUUCCACACGAAAUAUUUAACCAUUUUCCGAAGCUUUUUACACACGCACUGAUACUCAACCUCACGCCAAGGAACACGACAUUUUCAAUGUAGUUACGGUCAAAGUCAACGGUCAUGUGGUGGUGGAGAUUACGAAAUAAAAUGAGUGUGCAUGUUAAACAAAGUUUCUAGACACAUAACGCGUCCAAAAAUAAUAAUAUCGCUCAGUUAAUGUCAUCAAAACCAUCGUGCGUUCCAUUCCCUUUUCCUUAUGUACGUUGCAAAUAAAGAUGUUUUAUCGAAUUAUUCUAA